ACUUUUGAAUUUUUUUAUUUAUAUUUUAAAAUUUUUUGAAUAGAAAUAACAUCCUUCUUGUUAAGCGCAAACUAGUCAAAUUACGAGGUCCAUGAGCCAAUUAUCGCCUUAUGAUUGAUAGACCACUAACAAGGAUGCUAAUUUUCCUCACUUGAAAGAGUUUUGUAAGGUUGUAUCGAUUACGGUCGGUUGGGUAAGUUUAAGGGACCAAGGUAAAGGAUACAUGAGGAAUCACAAGAAUUACUGGGGGCAAAUUGGUCUUUGAACAGUCCGAGCAGCCGCGUUCCAGCGUUAGGGUUUCGUAACCCAGCGUUUACAAAAAGAGACAUACAUAAACCGAGCUUAUCAGGAUCCAUAGUCUCUCACCUUCUCCGUCUCUCUGGGCUAGGGUUUGUGUUGUAGCCAAUGGGAGUGUUCACGUUCGUGUGUCGGAACUCCGGGGGCGAAUGGAGCGGGAAGCAGCUGAAGGGAGAUCUGGAGGCAUCGGCUCCGUCGACCUAUGAACUUCAGAGGAGCCUCGUCAAUACUGUUCUCUCAACCGACUCCUCAGGCGGCGUCCAGUCCUCUUUCUCCAUGGUCACUCCUUCCUCUGCUGUUUUCCAGGUGAUUGUUGGAGGAGGCGGUGGUGGAGCUUUAUUUGGAGGCGGCGGAGGAGCUGCUGCAGGGGCUCCUGCUGGGGGUGGGGCACCGGCUGCUGAGGCUCCCCCUGCAGAGGAGAAGAAGGAAGAGCAAGAGGAGAGUGAGGAUGAUUUGGGAUUCUCACUCUUUGAUUAAAGCAUCUUUGUACUCAAUUUCCCAUUUGCUGCUAAGGCCUUCCUAUAUGUCUUGACAUCUUUAGAACUUUUGGAUAGAAUUGAGUCCUCAAGAUUUUCUAGUUUGACAUGAUGAAUUUUGUGUUAAAAAUAUUUGUUUUCAUCUAGCAUAUUCAUGUUUGUUUAAGCAAUGCUUAUGAAUUUUGUGUUAAAAA